CAUAACGGGGGACUGACGAUGUGGCGACGGACAUUUCUGCUGCUACUAUUGCUGCUCGGGCCGGGAGCCCAAGGGAAGCCAUCUCCUGACGCAGGCCCUCAUGGCCAGGGGAGAGUGCACCAGGCGGCCCCCCUGAGCGAGGCCCCUCAUGACGACGCCCAUGGGAACUUUCAGUACGACCAUGAGGCUUUCUUGGGACGGGAAGUGGCCAAGGAAUUCGACCAACUCAGCCCUGAGGAAAGCCAGGCCCGCCUGGGGCGGAUCGUGGACCGCAUGGACCGUGCUGGGGACGGGGACGGCUGGGUAUCUCUGGCUGAGCUCCGAGCGUGGAUCGCGCACACACAGCAGCGGCACAUACGGGACUCGGUGAGCGCAGCCUGGGACACGUACGACACGGAUCACGACGGACUUGUGGGCUGGGAGGAGCUGCGCAACGCCACCUAUGGCCACUACGCGCCCGGUGAAGAAUUUCAUGAUGUGGAGGAUGCAGAGACGUACAAGAAGAUGCUGGCCCGGGAUGAACGGCGUUUCCAGGCAGCCGACCAGAACAAGGAUUCAGUGGCCACUCGGGAGGAGCUAACAGCUUUCCUGCACCCUGAGGAGUUCCCUCACAUGCGGGACAUCGUCAUUGUGGAAACAAUGGAGGACCUGGACAAGAACAAAGAUGGCUACGUCCAAGUGGAGGAGUACAUCGCGGACCUGUACUCAGAGGAGCCGGGGAAGGAAGAGCCCGCUUGGGUGCAGACGGAGCGGGAGCAGUUCCGCGAUUUCCGGGAUCUGAACAAGGACGGUCACCUGGACAGCAAAGAGGUGGGCCACUGGGUGCUGCCGCCUGCCCAGGACCAGCCGCUAGUGGAGGCCAACCACCUGCUGUAUGAGAGCGACACAGACAAGGACGGCCGUCUGAGCAAGGCCGAGAUCCUGGGUAACUGGAACAUGUUCGUGGGCAGCCAGGCCACCAACUACGGUGAAGACCUCACGCGUCCCCACGACGAGCUGUGAGCGCCAUGUGCCCACUACAGCCUCGAGCCCCCUCA